CGGUAGUCAGAAGUAAUGGGGCUCCAAAUGGUAAGUGCAGAAGAAGAGGGACAGUUGGGGCCACAACUUAAUGAGGAGCAAAUUGCAGAAGCCCAAAAGGGGGCGUCUCCACAGGAGAAAACGGUGUGGAAACAAAGAGGGGCUACGGAGGCUGGAGGCCUCUGGAGGUCCCCGGACGGUCGUCCAGUGCUACCACCUGAAAUCAGAAACAGGUGUUUGCAGGAGGCACACGGGAUGGCACAUGUGGGACACAAACAGAUGAAUAGGAAUCUUUGUCACUGGUGGCAUCCGUUUUUGGCAGACAUGACACGUGAAUAUGUUAAGACCUGUAAAAUAUGCAUCACGUUUAACCCAAAACCGACGGUGAAGCCGGAGAUGGGGGUGUUUCCGUUGACAUUGGUCCCGGGACGGGAAAUAGUCAUCGACUACACUGACAUGAUCACCCGAUGCGAAGGUAAAAGGUAUCUCCUGGUAUGCGUGGACGCCUUGACCGGCUGGCCAGAGGCGUGGCCCACAAAAAAAGAGGACAGUAAAUCAGUUAUCAAAUGUUUGAUAAACCAUUACAUACCAAGACAUGGGUUCCCUGAGAAAGUCAGGUCUGACAACGGCACACACUUCAAAAAUCAUGACCUACAAGAAGUGGAGAGAAUGUUGGGUCUGAAACAUGCUUUUGGUACAGUAUAUCACCCCCAAUCCCAAGGGAAAGUAGAACGCAUGAACCAAAACUUAAAACAAAAAUUGGCUAAAAUCUGUGCACAGACAAAUUUAACCUGGGUUCAAGCCCUCCCACUUGCAUUAAUGGCCAUCAGAAGCUCAGUCAAUCAGGGUACAGGUUUCACCCCAUACGAGCUGACCACUGGAAGACAGUUUCCCGGACCAAGCGCAGGCUUGAAGCUCCAGCCUGACCCGGAGACACCAACAGGUGAGUAUGCAAGUCAUUAUAACGAACUACGAGCUCUCGUUUCAGAUUUUGCGGUCCAGGUGCGAGACAGAACCGGAGGGCAGAACACCCCUGAUCCGCACACAACAGCCUGGGUCCUCCUGAGGGUCAUUAAGAGGAAGUGGUCGGAGCCACGGUGGACAGGACCAUACCAGGUGGAGGAGAGAACCUCACACGCUGUGAGGCUGAGAGGGAAAGGGGACACCUGGUACCACUGGAGCCAGUGCGCCCCCGCGGACGAACCGGGUCGCACUCUUCAGGACAUCCUGACAACGCAGCAGAAAGAGACGGAACUGGGCACUGGAUAGUGCCCGGACGUGCUCUCGGCGGGCAGUGACCGACAGACACCCAGUGCAUGGUGUUCUGUGUUGACUGUCUACAACGAAAGAAGAAGACCAGCGACGAAGAAAUGCACAAUGCUAUCCUCUCCUCUCCUCUGUUCUAUCUUUCUCAAUUCUCCGCAGUUAGUUUAGUUGAAAUAGAGAAUGUUGAGUACGCUUAAUAUUUCCAUAAUUGCUAUGGGGGGGGUAACGGUUGUUAUUGCAUUAGCUCUUAUAUACUUAGCUGUCACAGGUUCCACCUUGUUUGUUUGAGUGUUAUUACAGUGUUGAUACUAUAUAGCUUGGGUUGUUUUUGGGUAUAUCUUUCUGUGAGUUGUUUGUGUAAUCUAGUGGAAAGGAAGCGAGCCACAGUAAGCGACAGAACCAACACUUGGGGGUCCCUUCUCAAAGUCAGACACGAAAAAACAGGGCGUGG